AAGCCAGUUUCUCCGUAUACACCUCCCCACUUUCCCCUCUUCCUUCCGCCACCUCCCCCACGAACGCAAACCCCCCACAAGUACCACCUCACAAAUGCUCCAUUAGCUCCCGAAAUCCAAACCACCCCUCUCCCCUCACCCACCCACCACCCCAUCCAUCCAAGUCCGGGGCGGCGGGGCGGCGGCACCGGAGAUGACUACCCGAUCCAACGGCGAGCACCACCACGGCCCGCCCUCGUACCAGCAGCGGCGCCCGCACUACGGGGGCGCCCCGUACGGCGGCGGGUCGGCCUCGUUCCGCGGCUGCUGCUGCUGCAUCUUCCUGCUGCUCACCUUCCUCGCCCUCCUCGCGCUCGCCGUCGCGCUCGUCGUGGUGCUCGUGGUGAAGCCGCGGAAGCCCCAGUUCGACCUCAACCAGGUGUCCGUCCAGUACCUCCUCGUCACCCCGCCUUCCUCGGCCGCCUCCGCGGGCACCAUGGCCGCCACGGUCCCGGCCGCCGCCUACCUCUCUCUCAACAUCACGCUCCUCUUCACCGCCGUGAACCCUAACAAGGUCGGCAUCCGGUACGGCGCCACGGCGUUCGACGUCAUGUACCACGGCGUGCCGCUCGGGGUGGCCGCCGUGCCUGGGUUCGAGCAGCCGGCGCACAGCACCCGCCUGCUCACGACCCGCGUCAUCGUCGACCGCUUCAACGUGCUCCAGGCCGACGCCCAGGACCUCGUGCGCGACGCCGCGAUCAACGACCGCGUCGACCUCCGUAUCACCGGCGACGUCGCCGCCAAGAUCCUCGUGCUCGGCUUCUCCUCACCGAAAGUCCAGGUGUCGGUGGAUUGCGCGAUCGCCAUCAGUCCGAGGAGGCAGUCACUGACAUACAAGCAAUGCGGCGUGGAUGGCCUAAGCGUCUAGCAACAAACCACACUACCGCAGCAGCAACAGAUGCACAAGGCCAUAAUCUAAUGGAGAUAGAUAAGUGGAUGUGACCCGUAUUUGUCGAUUCUAAUCUCUCUCUAAUCCUGGGUUCCGAUUCCUGCAUGUGGGGGGUAAAUUUUGAGCUCUCUCACCUCACCUUAGAGGAGGAGGUCGCCGCUGAUUUUUUUUUGUGAAUUACUGUCCGGUAAUUAAUUAUCUCUAUCCACCAAUUCGCCAUGGUCAUUUAGGCACUCAUCAUUUCAAUUUUCAUCCCAUCGCCAUUGCCAUUGCCAAUUAGU